UUGUUUUCUCGUUGCUUGCCAGAUCAGGACGAGACUUUUGCAUGUGCAGUGAAAAUAUUAAUUGCAACGACAUCGAUUAUAGAAUGCUGGCAACUUGCCGUCACUUGUCUCCGCUUUAUUUCGAGAAACGUUUGUUUACGAGAGAAUCUUCUUCGUAUGUCAUGUAGUUUGCUCGUGGUACCAGUGUGUGUUAGGCACGCUCUGUUAGUCGUGUGGCUGCAAUAUAUUUUUCCAGUAGCGAUGACGUACCGCUUAUGUUCUGUACGUAUUGCUGAAGCGCAAGGAGGAAAGAACAAGAAAAUUGACGAAACAUAAUCUGACCUUCGUGAGUAGGUGAUUUACGGGACGGAGUAGACGUUAGCACGUACUCGUAAUGAUGGUAUUAUCUGUGCACACAGUUACUAAAGUGUAAUGUUCGUUUGCAGUUCGGUUCAUUAUUUGAAUAACGAUUGGCACGACUGAUAGAUGUGAUUUGUGUGGUUUCUGUGAUUGUGAUGUAUCACUUAAAAGACUUUUAUUUUGUGUUCCGGAAACCUGAAGUGAUUUGACUCCUCUAAGUUCUUGAAUGAAAACUGUGAAGUGGCGUGUGAUUAAUUUACAAGAUCAAUAUCAGGAAGUGCGGGUCAAGAAGGAGACUAGUUUGGUAGCAGGAUAGUGUCCUUUUUUAGUGCAGUUUAAUUUUCUGUUAGCCAAACAUUUACAUUCUGCUUGACACCGCUCCCUGUUAAUUUUCAUUUUUCCUCCCAUAAAAUUCGCAACGUGUGGUUAACCGUUUCAAUUCAACAGUUGCAGAGGUAAUGACAAAUCAUAAUUCCGGGCGGAAGAGACACGUGAAAGCGACAUGUAAUAAAAGAGUGUUAAUUUUGAAUGAAAUUCAGCAAAUUGGUUUUCAUGACAGAUGGUUUGUAAUGUUUCGUUUUAUAUACAAUUAGCAAAAAUAAAUUGGAAAACCAUUUAACAUUUACAGAAAGUUAAUUAAUCAAAAUGAAAGUCAGCCCCUACUGUUAUUGCCUGUUGUUCGACGAGAAAGGUACCGCAGACAGUUUGUUACUUGCUUCAGGAUGCACCGCUGCUGAGAGCAGAAGUGGCUUUUACGCCAAUUUUGACGGAUAAUUUAAUAAAUGGUGCAUUAAACCGUUUUGUGUCACGAAACGUAAAAUCUGACAUCAUACACACUGUUAAACUUCACGUGUUUUCGCAAGGGAAAUUGGUGGUAUUCCCACCACUGGCGUGUAACCUACCUUGAGACGAGCAAUUAUAGUGCAUCGAAAACAAGAUGGUCGCAGAACUGGAGUGGAUUUAGUGCAGUGGUGGAAGUCUUUCGUACUGUGUGGUGUGCUAUUGUGAGUGUUGUGUAUCUUGUCCAGCAUGAGGUUUCAAUUAUGGCCGAUCAGAAUUACAAGAAGGCUUUGUAUUCGUCUGCAGUCGCCUGCCUAGGAUUCAUCUGUUUCGCUGUUGGCGCAGCCGCUGUCGGCCUUCCAACAUGGGGUUACUACGAAAAUCCAGAAGCCGGUCCUGGGGGAGAGUCUGGUUACUUCGGACCAUGGCAAGUUUGCAAGUACAUGAUGUACGGUCGAGAGAGGUGCGGCCCUUCCGUCAGAUUCAAGCCAGUCUUGGCAGUAUGGUUAGCCGGGCUGGUGGCAGCGAUAGGAGUAGCCAUAUUGGGUGUAUUCUGUGUGCUCAGCGUGUUCCAGUUAGCCAUGGUGACGUCACGGGAGCGCGUUGUGAUGUCAUACAGCGUCGUGGUGAUCGCCAAACUAGCACUCGUUCUUCUGGCCACUCUGCUUACGAUUGUGGCUGCAAGUCUGUUCGCCCUUCAAACAGACGACAGAGAAAACAGCUUCCAGGUCAGUCGAGGAGAAGCGUUCUACAUCCAGGUUGCAUCCAUUAUCCUCAACUUUCUUCUCUUCAUAAUGGCCCUGUAUGAUGUCAUCUUUUCACGGCGACAUGGCGGAGAUCCAACACUGCCACACGGUCGUGAUCCAACAGGCGAGGAUGCUACUACUUUCAACAAUCCUGGCUUCCGAGACCGACGCAUCAACAACAAUUCUGGCGGGGUCUCCAUGACAGAUGCAAGUGGCAAACCAUAUGUGCACUCACCCAGCAGCAGUCAGCAUCAGGCCGCAGCAAAUGGCAGUAUCGUCUCGAUGACCACCACAACGUCUUCAAAUGGUUCUACUGCUGGGUCCGUAACAAGGAGUCCACUAAGGUCCAGUCUCAAGAAACCAAGACCUAAACCAGAUGGUAUGGGUAUCCAGAACCCAGGAUUUAGUGGACAUUCACCAACUCUUUCCAGAAACGGCAGCAUGAAGAAAGUUCGCAUUCAGACACACAGUACAGCUGUGUGAAAUGACAGCAAUAAAUUAUAAGACACACAUAAGAUAAUGAACUUGUGUGCAAAUAUUUUUAUGACAGGACAGUGUGCUACCGUGAUCUGCUCCACCAAUUUCUGCGGCUCCUGUAAAGGGAUUCUACUGGGGUUGGUUGCUACAUUUAUCCCGACUUUUACCAUGUAUCUCACUGGGUAUUAUGGAAGAAUAUUGAUUAGGAGAAGAGGAUUACAUAUUUGAAUAUUGCUCUAUUAUCAUUUGUAGGGCUCCAGACGUAAAGCUUAAAUCUACUAGCUGCUUAAUAAAAUCUACUCACAGUAUGCCCAAUGCAAAUAUUUUAUGGAACAUAAUUAAAAACUUACUACUUCCUGGGGGUAAAGGACAGCUGGCACAUAAGGUUGC